UCUCUCUCUUAAUCUCAUUGUUUUAUCUGUUUAUAUUCUGUAUUUUCCUUUUCGUUCUGAAAACCAUUAACGACCUCCGUGAAAUCAGUCACUCGUACAGUCGUACAAGUGCGGGCAGAAAGAUUUUCACCCAGAAAAAAAGAAGGGAUCAAUUUGGGUUGUUCCAAGAAGGGAAUUAAAAUGAGUGAUCAUUAUGAAAAUGACGAUUCUCCUUUGGUGGGAGAAUUAGACCUUAGCUUUUCAAUUGAUGAAGAAAAAAAGGUUCAAGAUCAUGUUGAUGAUAAUCUAGCAAGAAAUGGUGAGUUUAAUGUGGAUAUGAAUCAGCAUGAGAAACUGGGUCCCCCCUCACUGCCUGCAGAUUUCGCAUAUGACAUUUCAAAACCUUCUCAUGAAAAAUCCUAUCCUGUGCCAGAUGAAUUUGAUCAUGAUGAUGUUGGGAGUACGCAAUUUGACUAUGAUCAUGAGAGGAUUCAGUCUCCACUCAAGAACAACCAUUACCAAGGUGAGAUGGAUGAAUUGCAUGGCAGUAAUUUUCUUAACUCCUCUCAUUUAAAGGCACAAACUUUUAGUAAUAAGGGAACUCAAGAUUCUGCUCAUUCACAGGAGUCUCCUCUGUUGGCAGAGGGCAACCGGGGAGAACAAAUGGAGAGAGAUUCUGACCUAGGUAUGCCAUCUGUCUAUAAUGAGAUAGAAGGGGAAGGUAGUGAUACAGUACACUUGUUAUCUUCCCCGAGGCCACUCUGGUGCAAAAAUGAACCUAAGAAUGGAAACUUCUACAACCCCAUAAACUCACAAACUGAGAACACAAAGCCUGACAUGCUCCAUUCUGGCAUGCAAUCUCCCAUGAGAACUCCCAAACGAUCAAUAUCAUCUGUGAUGGAGAGACGGAUGCCGGUUUCUCCUAAAAGGUCUCCUUGCAUUCACCAAUCACCCAGUGGUCAUAAGCCACUGUCUUCCCAACAAGUGUUUCAGGACCCAUCAUAUUCACCUAGAUCACAAAGGCAGAAACAUUCUUCACCUAAAAGGAAAGGCCUAAAUAAGGGGCUUCCAUCCCAGGAUCAGAUAUCUCCUGCUAGAAAAGUUUCUAUUUCUCCACCAAGGUCCAGGCAUAAGGAUGAUUCUUCUCGGAAGGGCAUAUCUGCAUCACGAAAAACCAGUUACUCACCCUCAUUUGAUCGAAGACGGGACAGAUCAGUGUCAAGGUUACCCAUUCGGCAAAGGGAUUACAAGAGAAAACAUCAUGACAGAUCUCGAUCAAGGUCCCCAUACUCAAGUGCUCAUUAUAGAUCCCCAAGGAAAAGGUUUUCUCCAAGACGAAGAUCUCCUCCUUUUGGAGAUCAUCCUCAUCAUCGGUCCGCUAGAAGAAGACCCUGGUCACCGCCCCGUAAUAGGACCACUGGAGUGGGGUUACCAGGUAGAAAUUUGUUUGUUGCAGGUUUUAGUUUUUUGACUACAGAGAGAGAUUUGGAAAGAAAAUUUUCUACGUUUGGUCGCGUACGAGAUGUUCGUAUUGUUCGAGACAAGAGGUCUGGGGAUUCGCGUGGGUUUGGAUUUUUAUCCUUGGAAAGGGAUGAAGAUGCAGAUGCAGCAAUCAGAGCUAUGGAUGAGACUGAAUGGAAUGGUCGAAUUAUCCUUGUGGAGAAAUCAAAAUCUUGAGGGCCUUGAAGCUUUAUGUACUAGUUUAUGAUUUGGAACCUAGUUAUCAAGUUAUAAUUUGUUGAACUCUUGUUCAGCAGUUUAGAUUUGUUUCUUUACAAAUAGUACAGUACAAAUUUGCAUGGUGGUUUUCACCCAAAAGAAAAGAUUUUUGUGUUAACCAAAACAAAACUCCUUUAAUGUGUUACUUGGGGGCUAA